AUGCCUUUAAAUAUUAGAGCCAAGCCGUCGCCUGGCAAGCUGUCUGCUGGCCCAAAGAGUAGUGGGCAAACUGAUGGCAGCACAUCUCAUUCACGCUUUUCACGGUCCCCUAAACAGGGGAAAGGCAAACAGGCUGCAAGCUCAGCGCCAGGCUCCCGCUCAGGGCUAGAGCCAGGCUCUGUUUCAGGGGGGGCGCCUGCACCUGCGCCUAAAUUGACAGGAGGUCAAGGGCCUGUGUCGAGGCCAAGUUCGAAGAGCAAACCUGCCACAGCAGCAGACAAAGGAGCAACUCGUGGUUCAGCGACAGCACCUGGGGGUAAAACUAUGUCUAUGGAGAAUAUCCAGUCUUUGAGCGCCGCCUAUGCCACUUCAGGCACCAUGUACCCCAGUGAGCGGGAUUCCUUGGAACCCUCUGGCGGCUACCCCAAAGGCACUAUGACGCUGGGAAGGAGCACCAGCCGCUCCUCCUACACUGGCCGGACAACAGCUAUGGGUAGCAGCCCAAACAUCACCUCCUCUGGGCUGCAUCACCCAUCAGACCCCUAUGGAGACCAAACCUUGCUUUCUGCAAGGACUUCCAGUCUGCGGCACCAGUCUGGCAGACAUCCACAGACACUGGACUCUGCUGGACGGGGUGAGGGUUCCACAUUUGAUCUCCAGUCUCAGCUGAGGGAGCUGCAGAGGGAGAAUGACAACCUGAGGAGAGAACUAGAUGGAGGGAGGGAUGGAAGGACAGGCCCCAGCUUGAACAGUGUCAACUUCUGGAGCCCCGAUGUAAAGAGAGACAAGGGGGUUAGGCGGGAGGAGGGUGUGAGGACCUCGGUUCUGAAGGACCAAUACAGGAUGAACCAAGAGGAUUUGCAGCAUGGGGAUAUCAGAAGAAACAAGCAGCUUCCGUUAACGGUUCAGGAGCUUCAGGAGGAGCUCAGGGCUCACAGGGAGAUGAACAGUCGUUUGCAGCAACAGCGCCCCUGCCAGGUGCCUGGGUGUGACGGCUUCUCCUCUCCACCUCCUGCCGAUCAGUCAGAGGAGAAUUUCUUCCGGCUGCAGUCGGAGCACGAGCGACAAGCCAAGGAAUUGUUCCUGCUGAGGAAGACCAUGGAAGAGAUGGAGAUGAGAAUCGACUCUCAGAAGCAGACGCUGGGCGCUCGGGAUGAGAGCAUCCAGAGGCUGUUGGAGAUGCUUCAGGGCCAAGGUCAAGGUCAGGGACACUGGGGUCGGGGACAGCGGACAGGCAUCAUCACCAUGGCAGCACAGGAGGCCGAAGCACAGCUGGAAAACAUGCAUGUGAGAGAGGAGCUCCAUCGCCGCAACCAGCUCCAGGCCGAUCCGGCCAAAACCAGGGCUCUGCAGACUGUCAUUGAUAUGAAGGACACCAAAAUCUCUUCCCUGGAGAGGAACAUCAGAGACUUAGAGGAUGAGGUCCAGAUGUUAAAGACCAGCGGCCUGCUGCACCCUGACGACAGGCAGGAUGAGCUCAAGCAAGUGGAGGUCUACAAGAGCCACUCUAAAUUCAUGAAGACUAAGAUAGAGCAGCUGAAGCAGGAGCUGAACAGGAAGGAGUCAGAGAUGCAGGCCCUGCAGACCAAACUGGAAACACUGACCAAUCAGAACUCAGACUGCAAGCAACACAUCGAGGUGCUAAAGGAAUCGCUCAGCGCCAAGGAGCAACGUGCCAGUACGCUCCAGACGGAGGUUGAUGCUCUGCGGGUGCGUCUGGAGGAGAAGGAGCAGUUCCUGACCAAGAAGACCAAGCAGCUGCAGGACCUGACUGAUGAAAAAAGCACACUUACAGGAGAGAUCAGAGACAUGAAGGACAUGCUGGACGUCAAGGAAAGGAAGGUCAAUGUCCUGCAAAAGAAGAUCGAGAACCUGUUGGAGCAGUUAAAGGAUAAGGACAAACAGCUGGCUGGGUUGAGGGAAAGGGUUCAGGGCCUCCAAACUGAUUCCAGCAACACAGACACAGCGCUGGCCACACUGGAGGAGGCUCUGUCAGAAAAGGAGCGAGUGAUUGAGAACCUCCGGGAGCAGAAGGAGCGGGAGGACAGGGUUCGGCUGGAGGAGCUGGAGCAGAUGAGGAAGGAGAACCAGGAAUUAAAGGACAAACUCUCGGCCCUGCAGCCCCAAAAACUGUCCCCGAGCCAGGCCACCAACCCGAGCCCGACCCAGAACCAGAAACCUGAUGGAGAGAUCCAAAACACAGAAGAAGCAGUCAGGAAGUGUCCAGACAUCACAGAUCGUUUGAGGCUUCUGGAGCAGGAAGUGGCCCGCUACAGAGAGGAAUCCGGGAAGUCACAAGCUGAGGUGGAGAGGCUAAUGACUGCUCUGCGGGACGCUGAGAUGGACAAGUCGUGCAAGGAGAAGAAAAUUGCUGAUCUGGAGAGGCAAAUCAAGUCUCCGAACAUCCAGAAGCAGACGGUUCCGGGUGAGAUGAGGAAAGAUGCCCUGACUGAUGGACAUCCGCACUCUUUAUCGCAGCUUACUCUUUCAGCUUCCCAGGGUGCCAUGCAGGAGACGGCGGGGCGGAUCAGGGAGUUGGAGAUGUCACUGAGGGAGAGCAUGAACACAUCCGCACAUAGGGAGGCUCUGUGGGCGCAGGAGGAGGCUGCCCGUGUUCAGGCCCAGAGAGAGCUGGAGGAGCUGAUGGGAGCUUUGGAGAAGACGCGACAAGAGCUUGACGCCACCAAACUCCGCCUGUCCUCCACUCAGCAGUCCCUGCAUGAAAGAGACGGACACCUCAACAGUCUGCGCCAGGAGAGACGCAAACAGCUGGAGGAGAUUCUGGAGAUGAAGCAGCAGGCUUUGCUGGCAGCCAUCAGUGAGAAGGAUGCUAACAUUGCCCUGCUGGAGUUAUCCUCCUCCAAACGGAAGAAAGCCCAGGAGGAAGUGAUGGCUCUGAAGAGGGAGAAAGACAGGCUCAUGCACCAGCUCAAGCAGCAGACUCAGAGCAGAAUGAAGCUGAUAGCAGACAACUACGAGGAAGAUCACAUCCACCCCCAGCAUCAUCCUCACCAUGCUCACCACUUGCAUCCAGCAAACGUGCAUCACCGAAGUCUGCCAAGAGGGCCCCCACAUGCCAACCACAGACCCCCUAUGGACCAGGAUGAUGAAGAAGGAAUAUGGGCAUGAUGACCAGCACCAUGGGACCCCUGCAUCCAUUUGUUCAUACUGCUUGUGGAGCCACGUACCAUGAGGUUUUGAGAGCUUCAACUGCAAGUCAACUGGCCCACACCUCCCCAGCAACCUGACCGCCAUAUGAACAGAUAUACACACUCCCGCUAUUUAAAUGUAUUGUGGUCAAGUCCAGUGUUCAGUCGCUCAGAAAUUUGAAUGUCACCUUCACUGACAUGCACAGUGGCCCACUGAGGGCCCACAGCCCACUGUGGGUGAAUGUCCCCCAACAGAGCAUCAGCCAUCAGUGCGCAGCUUCAAGGUAUUGGCAAGCGGUCCACUGCCUUGAUUUCCCUCGCUGUUUCCAAUAGACUGGGAGCUGGAUUCAUUUUACAGUACCACGGUGCUACAGAGCUCUGGCUUCACAUCAACCGACAAUAACCACUUUCGACUACUAGUGUGGCUAAGGCUGAGCCAGUGGAACUAGCCGUAAACCCAUGCCAAUUCCUGACUGGUUAAUGAUGGCAUGAAUGUGCUUACUUCUGCAGCUAAAUAUCAGACUUUUGUAAAUAUCACAACAUGGACCUCAAAAUCCACAAUCCACAAGAGACCUUCUCGAUGUACCGUGCCAAAGGAGACAUCCCUGUCUGCUGAAACAAAUUACUGAAAAGGGGACUGCAUCAUCUGAAUCAUUUGGGCUAACCACCUAGUCACUCAUAUGUCUGACUAUCUCCCAUUUCCUCCAGAGAGAUCAACAAGAAAAAGCUAAUUUCUGCUUGAAGAUGCCCCCCCCCCAAAAAAAAAAAAAAAA